AUGGUACAAUUUAAGAAUGUCUUUACCGGUCAAGAAGCCAGAAAUUAUACUAAAGCUACCACUAGUCAAAAAUCACUUAGGGCAGGAGGUAAACAUAAUGAUCUAGAAAAUGUUGGUUAUACAGCAAGGCAUCAUACAUUUUUUGAAAUGUUGGGCAAUUUUUCUUUUGGCGAUUAUUUUAAAGAAGAAGCAAUAUAUCAUACCUGGACUCUUUUGACCCAGGAAUUUGCUAUAGCGAAAGAGAAAUUAUAUGUUACUGUUUAUCAUACUGAUGAGGAGGCAGCUUCUUAUUGGAAAAAAAUUGCUAACUUAAGUGAUAAUCGGAUUAUUAGAAUUAAAACCAAUGAUAAUUUUUGGUCCAUGGGAGAUAUAGGUCCUUGUGGCCCCUGUUCAGAAGUUUUUUAUGAUCAUGGUGAUCACAUAAAAGGAGGAUUACCCGGAACAAGAGAACAGGAUGGGGAUCGCUUUAUCGAAAUCUGGAAUAUGGUAUUUAUGCAAUUCGAGCAAUUAGAUGCUAAUACUCGAAUAGAAUUACCUAACAAGUCUAUUGAUACUGGAAUGGGGCUUGAACGUAUUAGUGCGGUUAUGCAAAAUGUUCACGAUAAUUACGAGAUAGAUUUAUUUAAAGAAAUAAUUGACUAUACCGAACACAUAGUAAAAGUAAAGGCUGAAGGGAACGCACAGUUCUCGUAUCGGGUUAUUGCUGAUCAUUUACGUGCAUGCGCUUUUUUAAUUAGCGACGGUAUUAUACCGUCAAAUGAAGGCAGAGGAUAUGUACUCAGACGCAUCAUGCGUCGAAGUAUAAGACAUGCUCACAUACUUGGCAGUACUGAACCUUUAAUGCAUAGAUUACUGCCAAAAUUAGUAGAGCUUAUGGGCAAUGCUUACCCUGAAUUAAAAAGAGCAGAAGAUUUUAUUAGUAAUAUUUUAGAGCAAGAAGAAUUACGCUUUAAAUUGACGUUAGAACGCGGCUUAAAAUUACUCGAUGAAGAACUUAUCCACGCACAGCCUAACUCUUUUCUAUCUGGUGAAGUAGCUUUCAAAUUAUAUGAUACAUAUGGGUUCCCUAUUGAUUUAACUGAAGAAAUAUUAAAAAAUAAGCAGGUCUCAAUUGAGCUUGAGAGCUUUAAUAAUAAGAUGCAAGAACAAAAAGAAAGAGCGCGAAAAUCCUGGAAAGGCUCCAAUGAAGCAAAAACAGAUAAAAUUUGGUUUGAGCUUCACGCUACCUUUGGUAGCACUGAAUUUUUAGGCUAUACUCUAAAUCAGCUAGAAGGUAAAGUAUUAGCUUUAAUUAAGAGUAACACUUUAGUGAAUAGUGUAGAAAGACUAAAAGAUAAAUUCCUCUUAAUUAGCAACCAAACCCCUUUUUAUGGGGAAGCAGGCGGGCAAAUGGGAGAUAUUGGGUUUAUAAGAACUGCGAACUGUACGAUUAAGGUAAUUGAUACUUUAAAAUACAUCGGUGGUAUAAUAGCCCAUGUCUGUAUUUUGGAAAGAGGAGAGGGGAUUAAAAUAGGAGACAAUGCUGAUUUUACUAUUGAUGUUCAAUACCGUCAAAAUUUAAAGAUUCAUCAUUCUGCAACUCAUAUAUUACAUGCAGUCUUACAUCAAACACUAGGCAAGCAUGUAACUCAGAAAGGUUCACUGGUAGCACAUGAUCGUCUACGUUUUGAUAUUAGCCAUAUGAGUAGCUUAACCGAAGAACAAAUUAUCCUAAUUGAAGAGAAGGUGAAUCAAAUUAUUAGGGAAAAUUCUAAAGUUACUACUACUUUAAUGUCUACUCAGGACGCUAUUCAAUCAGGAGCUGUAGCAUUAUUCGGAGAGAAGUAUGAUUCUGAAGUAAGAGUAGUAUCAAUGGGCAGUAAUGUAAUUAAUGGCAAAGCUUAUUCUUUAGAGCUAUGUGGGGGCACACAUGUUACUAGAACAGGCGAUAUUGGGGUAUUUAAAAUUAUCAGUGAAUAUGCAAUUGCAGCAGGCAUUCGAAGAAUAGAAGCUGUUUGCGGAGAAUUUGUAUUAAAAUUAAUGAAGCAUAAUGAUUCUAUUCUGGAUAAUUUAUCUUCGAUCUUAAAAACAAAUAGAGAUGUAUUAACAGAUAAAGUAAAAGAGCUAGUAAGUAGUAAAAAAGAACUAACAGAGCAGAUAAUGGCUUUGCAGAUUUCUAUGCUUGACCUGGAUGAGAAACAAAUUAUUCUAGAUUCUCUCGAAAUAUCAGGAAUAAAAUUGAUUUAUAAAUUAGUAAAAAAUAUUGAUAAUAAAAUAUUACGCUUGUCAGCAGAGCAAAUAUCUAAUAAAUGUAAUGAUUUAGUAAUUGUAUAUAUCAAUAAAGCUAGUAAAUUAUCUGUAACCGUGGCUGUUAGUAAAGAGAUUAUUAAUAAAGUACACGCAGGUAAUUUGGCUAAAUCAAUUUCUAUAUUUCUUGGUGGUUCUGGCGGAGGUGGGCAGGCCAAUAUAGCACAAGCGGGAGGUGUGGAUACAAGCAAAAUAAACCUUUUACCCAACAAAAUAAAAGAUUUACUAACAGACUUAAUGAAUCUUAGUUUGCAGUAA